ACACUACCGUUUGCUUUAAAGUCUUUGAAAUAUUAAAAUCGAUUAAAAACGCAAAGACAACGCAACUACUUUGUAAACACUCCGCACACUGAAUUGGAUACAACGUGGUCAUCGAGUUCUCUUAAGGGAUACGAUCUAGUGUGAAAAGAACCUAAAAAUAUGUUAAGGUACGAAAAAAUCGAGUUUUCUUAACUGGACGAUUCUUUAUCAUUUAAAGGAAAUUGUCUUACCAUAAGACCUUGGUCUAUAUGCACAUACAUGCCUAAUGUUAUAAUGUGAAUCUCAAUUUUUACCUUAGUGUUACACUUCGAUAGAUUAGUGGAUCAAAUUCAAUUCAAUUCAAAUUUUAUUUGAGUUCUUACAUAGGUACAUCUACUUGAGAGAUUACAAUCAUUACAAUCAAUAAAAUAGUUGUAAAAAUAAAACAUUUAUUAAGUUUUCGACAAAAGAAGGACAAUUUGAAGCGCUGUCUACUUAGGUAUUACCGAGUUGGUUUGAUAGAGACGACGUUCUACGAAUUCAUAUGUACGUUUUUAACCGACUAUAAAAAUACAUGAUGCCAAUCGGCGGUAAAGUUGGUUAUGCUGAUAUGACAGCAAUGUCAGAAAUUGAUGAAAUUGGAAUUAACCAAAAUCUAAACGUUAGAUACAACAGUGACAUAAUAUAUACUUAUACAGGAUCAAUACUACUGGCUGUAAAUCCUUAUAAAACAAUUAAUAUAUACAAUAAGCAACACAUUUCUGAAUAUCAUACGUUCAAGCUAGGAGAUCUAUCGCCUCAUGUGUUUGCUAUAGCAGAAGCAGCUUAUACCAGCAUUGUCGAUGAUAACAUAAAUCAGGCAUGUGUAAUAUCCGGUGAAUCUGGAGCUGGGAAAACGGAGACUACAAAAUUUAUACUGCAGUACUUAUGCACAAUUACUUCAAACGUUUCCUCCUGGGUUCAGCAGCAGAUUUUAGAGGCCAACACUAUUUUGGAAGCAUUUGGAAAUGCCAAAACAACAAGAAACGACAACAGUUCUAGAUUUGGCAAAUUUAUGCAAGUUUGCUUUGACGAUUACAACUGUAUUAAAGGAUGCGUAAUUCAAGAUUACCUGCUCGAACAAUCUCGGAUAACAUUUCAAAGUGAAGGGGAACGGAACUAUCAUAUUAUGUAUCAAUUAGUAGCUCAGGGGCAGAAAAAUAUUGGCAUAGCAAAAUCCUUUCAUCUAAGGCCACCUGAGUUUUACAAAUAUCUAAAUACAUCCAAUUCUGAAAAAAUAAAUAUGAGCUUAGAGUCAAAGAAGUUUGAUGCCGUUACCAUGGCGUUUACGGUUUUACAAAUUCCCCAAUUUGUUAUAGAUGGCGUUUUUAAAGUACUCAGUUCCAUUUUGUGGCUAGGUAAUAUAGAGUUUAUGGACGUUGAUGGAGAAGUCACCGAUUUUUCAGGUUCAGACCAAGAAGCGAUAUCGAGUAUAUCAAACCUAUUGGGACUUAAUCGCUGUGAUUUUAAAAAGGUUUUAUUAAUUCGCCAAAUAAACGUUCGAGGAAAUAUUACGGAAAUUCCUUUAAAAAUUAAAGAGGCUAUAGAAAAUCGACAUGCUUUGGCAAAAGCAUUGUACUCAAAAACGUUUACAUGGCUGGUUUCGAAAAUAAAUAACUGCACAAAUCCAGGACAAGAUGGCGCUAAAUUUCUUGGAGUUCUCGAUAUAUUUGGAUUCGAAAAUUUUUCUCAUAACUCAUUUGAGCAGCUAUGCAUUAACUAUACCAAUGAAAAGCUUCACAAAUUUUUUAACCAUUAUGUUUUUGCUUUAGAGCAAUCAAUCUAUAAACAAGAAGGAAUAUACUUUAAUCAUGUGGAGUUUACAGAUAACACUCCUUGCCUGGAAAUAAUAGAGAAACCUCCUCGAUGUGUGUUCAAGUUACUGACAGAACAGUGUCAUAUGCCAAAGGGCUCCGAUUCAGCUUUUUUAUGUAAUAUGCACACGGAGUUCGAGUCCCACCCAAAUUAUAUUAAAGGAUCUGAUCGUCGUCAUUGGGAAACCGAGUUUGGAAUAAAACAUUACGCUGGUCUUGUGAUCUACUCUGUGGGCGGAUUUGUGGAAAAAAAUCGAGAUGUACAGCAAGAUGUAAUGUUUGAUUACAUGAGCAGCAGCAAAGACUUGUUUAUAAAAGAUUUAUCAAAAUACCAGGAUUUCCAAUUCAUCAAUUCGAGUUAUCCACGAGGAUCAUCCAAAUCAAAAUGUACUGUAAGUGACAAUUUUCGACAGCAGUUACAGUCCCUUAUAGAUGUUCUCCAAAAUACAAAGCCUUGGUACGUUCGUUGCAUAAAACCUAACUUACAAAAACGACCAAACACUUAUAGCAGCUCUUUAGUUCUCGAUCAAUUAAAAUAUCUUGGAGUUGUGGAUAUAAUUCGAAUAAGAAGAGAGGGAUUUCCAAUACAUUUAGCCUAUAAAGACUUUAUCGUUAGAUAUAAAUGUCUUAUGAAAUAUAAAUCAUUUGAAUGUCCACAGAAAUAUUUAAGCAAUAUUUUGCAAAUAAGUCGCAUGCCUCCUACGGAAUGGCAAAUAGGAAAAACUAAAAUAUUUUUACGCAAUGCGGUAUAUGAACUAUUGGAGAGCAAUCGAAAAGAUACAAUUUAUAAAAAUGCCGUUAUUAUUCAAAAAUACUGGAAUAGAUAUUGUUGCCAAAAAUCGUUUAUACGCAAUAAGCAAGCUGUUCUAAGAAUACAGCAUGCGUAUAGAGGCUGGAGACUGAGAAUCCGUUUUAUGAGAAUGCGACGUAGUGCUAUUGUCAUACAAAGUCGACUACGUGGAGUUUUUGCUAGAGAGGUAGCAGCGGCAUUAAGAGAAAUGAAGCGCGUAGAUGAAGAAUUGAAAAAACGUGAUGGAAUGUAUGGGCAAUUAACCAGCAUCAACACAAAUACUCUUGCUGAUUGUGAGAGAUUAAUACAAGAGGAACUAAGCGUGCUGGCUGAUAUUUCUGAUGAAAUUCAAGCCUCAGUCAAGCCACUUAACGAUAAUAAUACUUCUGAAAGCAAUACUACCAGAGCUUUAAUCCAACAGGACACCGUUGACCUGGACAAUAUAUUUAUCUUCUUAUGUGAAUCAAAUGGAUCAUUUGAUAAUGCCCUAAUAGGAGAAAUAAAUGACAACAUGAAUAACUUGGUUAAAGAUCUUGACGAAGAAAUAGCACUGUGUAUACGGACUGAAGACAGUUUUGAAAGCCAACAAACGGGAAAACUUUUUACAAGAAAGGCCGUCCGGUCAAUUCCAGAGCACAUCGUACCGCCACCACCAGUACCCAUAAGUGCAAACUUAAAUUCUGAGCCAAUAUAUGAAGCAAUAAACUCAUACGAGCUUACAACCACCAAAGAAAUAAAAAAAGAAAAGUAUAUGUUGCUUGAUUACAAAAGCGAUAAGGAUAACAGUAAAAAGUCCACACCCUCUGCUUCCGUUUUUGUAAAAUAUCAAAUGGAUGAACGUGAGAAUAGACGAAAACAAAGAGUGGAAAAAAAAAUUCACGAACUAACAUUUAAUGAUAGUCAUAAUGACAAUGAUGAUUCAUUUUACAAUAUUUUGGAAUUCGCCGAAAACUAUUUUAACACACAUGACAACUCAACUGAUCGUAACUUUAUUUCCACACCGACACAAAGGGGAAAAAUUUCUGAUACAAAGGCAAAACACGACAUGACAAUGUUUUCUAAGUCAGACAAAAUUCCAACGUCGCAUAUACACAUGUAUGAUCCUGAGAAUGUUUUAUUGUCGUGCAACAUUUUUCGGGAACUCUGUAAAUACAUGCGUGGAGAACUUAAUGCAGAGCGCGAACUGCACAUUAUUCAGUAUAUAAUUGGAUUGGGCAUUGAGAGGGAAGAAUUACGAGACGAAAUAUUCAUUCAAUGCAUUCGUCAAUCAAGAAACAACCCAAAUAUUGAUUGGGCAGACAGAAUUUGGCUAGUCUUGUGUCUUUCCAUUGUUGCUUUUCAACCGAGUAAACUUUUAUUCAGAUAUUUCGUUUCCUUUAUAAAAAAAAAUUUGAUUGACUUAGAUGGGAAGUUCAGGCAAUACGCACAAUGGUGCUUUGAUAACUGCAAAAGUACCAAAGUAUCAACACGGAUGUACCCCCCAUCAAGUGUCGAAGUCGCGGCUAUGCGCCGCCUUGGAACAAUAGUGUGCAGAUUUUUUUUCUUAGACGCGCGCACCAAAGCAAUUGAUGUACACCCGACGGAUACGGCUGGUGACGCUGUGCUGAAGUUGGCUGAAAAACUCAACUUAACUACUACUGAUGGAUGGGCAAUUUAUCAGAAUCGUCCAGACGGUGAAGAACACAUAAAAAGUUAUGACUAUUUGUAUGAUAUAAUUUCAGCAUGGGAAAUGAAACAAGCAACACAUGCAAGUACAAAAAAAACAGUAAAUGGCUCUUCGUCAGGUGAAAAUCGAUUUGUUUUUAAGAAAAGGCUUUUUAAAUCAACUCAUGAACUAUCACAAGAUCCUGUCGAAGUUAGCAUGUUAUAUUCACAAGCAGUUCACAGCGUUGUGAAGAAAGACGAAUUUCCGGUCAGUGAAAAGGUGGCACUUCAACUAGCAGGACUUCAAGCUCAAGUAGCUUUAGGAGAUCCAUCCAAUCAGCCAAAACCAGAAUAUUACUCAGAUAUAAACAGCUUUUUGCCAAUAAGAAUUUCAAAAACAAGAGAACAACAAUUUUGGAUACCAAUUUUAGCCCAAGCCCACCGACAAUACGGAUCCUCAAGAAAUGAAUUGACAGCUAAAGUAUUGUACCUAAGCUGCGUAAUGCAAUACCCACUGUAUGGCACAACAAUGUUUAAAGUUAAUUACAAGGGGUAUUGGAAUUUGGCAAGCAAUAUUAUUCUUGGAAUACAUUGUGAUGGACUAAAGUUUAUUAAUCUUGAAGAUAAGUCUGUUAUGUACCAAUUCAAAUACGUGGAUAUAGAAUCCAUUUUGUUGGAUCCAAGUGACAGUUUUAUAACUAUAUCACUUAAUCGAAGCGCACAACUAUCUAAAAGCACUCGUGAUGGAAGUUCUAUUAUAGAGUCACAGAAAUGUUUCGUAUUUGAGACACCGCAAAAAAAUGAUAUAGGAUCUUUGAUCAUUUCGUAUUACCCUCCGCUGUCUAACUGGAUCUUAAAUAAUUUGGAGUGUUCAAAAAAAUAUAAAGGAACCACUCAAGAAGACAGAUUGAGACUUCAUCAAAAUGUUGUUCUGUGUAGACGACAGUUGGUUGAUAUGAAUAUAGUCAAAAAACCGCACGAUUUAGGUUUUCUAAGAAACACCCUAAGACGUCUGUCAAAGCAUCGAUUAGAAAAAUUACGAACGGAGCAGGGGUCUAACAUGCAAGACCAUGGCGAAAUUUACAAAGGAUUUUCGCACACAUUUUGGGCAUUUAGUAAACAACAAAUUCCGUUUUGUCUAAGUACAUUAUCUGACCAAGAAGAAACCGUAAUGGUGCAAGUAUUUCAUUCAAUAUUAACAUUUUCUGGGCUUGGAACAUCAGGAGAAUCAAUAAAGCGUGCAGAAGAUGAACAUGUUCGAAUAAUUCAAUCAAUAAUGGACAAAUGUAUGAAAAAGGAAACUUUAUUAAAUGAACUCUAUCUCCAAUUGAUAAAGCAGACCACGGAUCAUCCAGAUGCAAAUUCAAGAGUAAAUUUAAAAAAUUGGGCACUUUUAUGCGUUUUGUGUAGCGUAAUUUUGCCGUCAAUGAAGGCUGUUCGAAAAUACCUAAUUGCUCAUUUGAAAAGAUGCUCGAGUGAUUUUUUAUCUGAGGAGGGUAAAUACGCACGAUUUGCUGAAAAUUGUUUUUUCAGAACCCAAGGGACAAGGCGUCGUCAGUGGACACCAAGCAGAGAGGAAAUUUUGUGUACUACAAAUCGCAGACCAUGCUACGCUAAAUUUUAUUUUAUGGAUGGGCAAUAUUACUCAAUCGAGUUUCAACCAAGCUCCACAGCAAAUGACGUGUUGGCCAUAAUAAAGAAAAAGAUCGGAUUACAGGAUAAUGCAAAGGGAUAUUCCAUUUAUGAAGUAAUAGGAAACUCGGAGAGGAGUCUUUCAUCGGAGGAGAAAGUAAGCGAUGUAAUGGCUAAAUGGGAGAAGUAUCAAGUAACAUCACAACAAGGAUUUCAGAUAAAUACUACAUUUUCACGACAGAAUCAGUAUAUGUUCCUAUUCAAAAAACAUUUGUUUUUUGACAAUUAUAUUAAUUUAGAUGAUAUUGUUGAAAAGGAACUCUUAUACCAUCAAAUUCUGCAUAGCCUAAGAAGUGAAAGAUAUCCAAUAACUGAAAUGGAAGCGAUUAUGCUAACUGCUCUGCAAAGCCAGCUUGAGCGUGGUGACUGCAGUGAAUUAAUAACUGAUUACAGGGCUGUCGCUAGUCAUUGCUUACCACCAAGAUUUGUACCAAAUAUACCACAUGAAGCUGUCGCAAUGCAUCAUCAAAGCCUUAGAGGAAUGUUACCAACAGAGGCUAAGAAAGCUUUUCUAAAUUUAAUAAAAAGCUGGCCUCUUCAUCGAGCGACUAUUUUUGAUGUUAUGCAAAGUUUUACCACAAACUGGCCUAGAACGCUUUGGCUGGCAGUCGACCAAAAGGGUAUUCAUUUACUGGAACAUCGUUCAAGAAAUAUUUUAUGUACUUACGGAUAUGAUUCUAUAAUAUCUUUUUCUCCAAACUUGAAUUCAUUAAUGAUAUUUACUGGAACGGAAAAAAAGCAAUCUAAAGUGAUUUUAACCACAUCCCAGGCUUAUCAAAUCACAACACUAAUUCGAGAAUAUUCUGAAGCUGCGAAGGACAUGAAGUAAUUAAAUCAUAUAAUUACGAAUAACUCUAGAAUUUUUCAAAUUAUCAUUUAAACCAUU